AUGGCUUUAGGAAAAGAAAAUAUUAAUGAUUUUGAUGAAUACGUAAGAAAAAAAAUAAGGAAAUUAUUUGAUUUUGCUCAAAAACAGCACGGUCAUCACAAAAUAAUUGAAAAGUGCAGAAAAUUGCAAAAGAAAUGUAAUUCAGAGUUUGAUGAAUUAUUUUUAAAAGAGUUUACAAAUGCUAUUAGGUUUACUUUUAUUUAUCCAGAAAAGUUAGGAGUGGAUAAUAUUCUUUCUUUUGUAUCCAAAUAUGUCACAACCACAUAUAUUCCUAAUGAAGAAAAUGAUAUUUUAGAUAGCACAGUUGAUGAAACUUCUCCUUUCAUCAGUGAAAUUUUAACAUUUUUAUGUAAAACACAUGGAGCAGCUUUAGUCGAUGCUCGUUUAAGGUGCAUGCAACUCUUAACUAAAAUUCUUUCUGGAAUGCCUGAAAACUCAUUAAUAAGUGAUGAAAUAUGGAUGAAACUAAAAGAAGCUGUAUUGUCAAGAUUACAAGACAAAAAUUCAGGAGUACGAGCUCAGGCUGUGCUCAGUGCGAGAAUGUUGCAAGACCCAAAAAAUCCUGAUUGUGAAGUUAUUAAAGCUCUUAUUUUUCAUUUUAAUGAUCCAAGUCCUGCUGUUAGAAGAGCUGUUACUUCUUCGAUAGCUUUAAAUAAAAUAACAAUAGCUCAUCUACUGGCUAGAACUAGAGAUAUCAGUGAUAAUGUUCGAAGAAAUGCAUAUUUAGUAUUUUCAAAAAUUAAGUGUUUAAAUUUAACCAUCAAAUAUAGAAUAACAAUUUUAGAAAGAGGUCUUCAAGAUAGAUCAGAUAUGGUUCGAAAAUGUGUAGAACAAUAUGUUGUCAUUAAUUGGUAUGAAAAUUUUAAUAGGGAUGUUAUUAAAUUUUUAAAAGCUUUAGAUGUGGUUAACUGCUCUGAAGUUGCAAUUAAAACUAUCGAAGCUCUAUUAAAAACUCAGCCAUUAGAAGACUUAAUUAAACAAUUAAAAUUAACAGAAGAAACUAAACUAAUUUCGGAAGAAAACUUAUCUCCUGAAGUAGUUUUAUUUUGGAGAUGUUUAGCUCUUUCUUUUUUAAAAGAUGGAAAAGAAGAUGAAUUAGAAUCGAUAACUCCAAAUUUGACAAUUCUUUGCAAUUUUAUCAGAAGGUUUUAUUUGUCGAAAGAAAAAAAUGAAACUCAAACGGAAGAUGAAAAAUGGGCAGAAAUUCAAAAUAAAGAAAUUUUAAUGCAUUUGAUUCAAUUAGUAAAAGUUUAUGAUUUUAGUGAUGAAAUGGGAAGGUUAAAAUUGAAAGAAUUAAUUAUUGAUAUAUUGAUUGGGCCAAAAAUUCAAAAAAAUAUAAUAAAAGCACUUGUAGAAUUAUUAACACUUGUAAUUCCAAACAAAGAAUCAUUUAUUCAAGAAUUAACUGAAGUUAUUUCGGAAAUUCGUCAACCUCUUAGAACGAUUGUAACUGAAAUUUCACAAAAAGACAAAAUGGAAAGAAAUUUAAAAAUAUCCGAUUUAAAAAUUUUAUUAAACGAUUUACAAGAGAGAGAAUAUAAUGCGGUUAAAGAUAAAAAUUAUUCGGAAGCUCAAUUGCUUAAAGAACAAAUAGAAUCUACUAAAAAUGAAUUAAAAGAAAUCGAAGAAAAACCCACGACUUUAACUCAUGAGGUAAACGAAGAAAAAAAUGAUCCCGUAACACUUUGUAAUUGUCUUUCAAUCUUGAUUGAAAUGAUUAAAAAUAGUAAUGUAAGGGUUGAAACCCCUCAAUUGCUUGCAUUAAGAGAAAAUUUUUUAAAUCAGUGCAUGGCGAGCAGAGAUUUAUUAACCCAAUCGUUAGCCAUCGAAGCUUCCGCACAAUACAGCAUAUUAAAUAAAGAAUUUGCAAAACAAAGUUUUAUUAGAUUUUUAUUAAUGAUAUCAGAAGAUGGUGAUAAUGAAAUAUGCAUUCCAUCAUUAAAAGGAGUUUUUGACAUAAUACAAACGCACGGUUUAAACCCGCUUGAGGAAUUACAAUUCGAUAAUAAAAAAAGCGGCGACGAAAACUGUUCACUGAGCGAAAAAAGUAAUAAUUCGAAUGGGGAUUCAAUUUGGUUGAAUGAAUUGAAUGAAUCAUUUUCCGAAAUGACAUGUUUGAAAAAUUUAACUGCUUUGUUAUCCUGCGAAAAGUUACGUUUAAACAAUGAUUUAUUAAAAAGAGUUGCUUACGAGGGUCUUUGUAAACUUUUACUCACCGGAAUUAUUUAUUCGCCUACAAUACUAAGUAAAAUAAUAAUAAAAGGCUUCAGUCCGAUCAUAGAUUGCGAAUCCGAAGAUUACAUUCGUCAAACGUUUGUCGUUUUUUUUCCAAUUUUUGCAUCCAACACUCCUCGAAGUCAAGAAAUGAUUGAAAUGGUUUUCAUUCCAACAUUAAAAGCCAUCGAGAGUUCUCCGUUAGGUUCACCGGAAUCCGAUAUUAAUUUAAAAGAUGUCGUCGCUUUUCUCGUUGAUCACACGAAACCAGAAAUUAAUAAAUUUACCGAAAAAACGUUACACGUUCAUAAUAAUUUGAGCCUAUCUCUUUGCCACGAAAUCUAUAAAAAUUUACAAGACGAAGAAGAAUCGACUGCUCUUAUGCACAUUUAUUUCAAAGCACUUAAUCUCCUCCAAAUAUCAAUCGAAAGCGAAAAUUUUUAUCAACAAUUACAAACCAUAACAAAAAAAAUGGAAGAGGCCUUAACCGAUUCAUAUUCUCUACGAGCUUUGGCAACAUUUAAAAAAAAUUUAAUUAAAAAACGUAGUAGUUUGGAUGUGGUUUCAUCUGUGGAAAAUACAUUGGCGACAACGAGAAAUUCAAGGGCAUCGUCCAGAUUACAAAGCAAAAAAGAUUUUACUAUUUUAUCAUUGGAUAAACCCUCAUCCGAAUCAACCAUAAUAAAUUCUAAAGUGAGAGAAUCGUCAAAUCGUAUCGCCGAUGAAACGUCAUCAUCCGAUAGUGCGGAUACAUUAAAUUCACCAAAAAGAAAUAAAAGCAGUCGAGUAUUUGUACCUGAAAUUUUCUCGUUUUAUUUAUUUAUAUUAGUCGAUUGUAAUAAAGAUGAGGUUGUUUAUAAAUUUCAAGAAUUUUUUUACAAAGGGAAUUCGAAAAAUGAAAUAGCAUUUAGAGAAUUUGAAUCCGCGUGCGAACAAAAUCCGGAUUGUAUGUCAAAAAUGGGACCAGAAAGAUUUUCAUGCGUGAGAAAAUGCAUAUCUCCAUCGUGUCAUCAAGAUCUUUACGGUGAUGAUCCUUUGGAAGAAGGUGAAAUUGACGUGAGAUUAAAUUCGUUCAAAGGUUGUUUCACGCAAAGAUUAAACAGGCCGAGACAGUGA